AUGCUGUCAGAGAGCCAGUUGACCCAGGUUAAGUCCUUGGUCCAAGCAACCAUCAACGAGACGAUCGAACAGACAGCGGCCGCAGCUGCUCAAGCUGCAGUGAACGCCUUCACUGGUUCUUCGCCUUCUUCUCAAGCUGUUGUUCCUGAGAAAAACUCGUCGAGUGAGGGCAACGUUCCUUUUGCAGUCCAAGAAACCCUAAAUUCUACUGCUAUCAAUGCCGCAAGUGCGAAUGAUAUCAACUGUAUUUCCUCUGCAUCCCAGCAGACUUUGGAUUCAGUGCACGAACUACUAGUCAAGCUUGUGAAGGAGAUCCUCUCGGGUGAGUUUAUGGAACUUUCCAAAUUGUUACCGAAGAACUUUAAUUCGCUACAGCUUCUUCGUGACGAGCCUCUCACUCUGACUCUUGAGAACUCAGUUAUUAGAGUAAAAAAGGCCACGGCCACUUCGAUAACUAACAUAGAGGAGUGGACCUCGGCUUUUACAGCUUACAUGAGUGUUGUUAUCAGCAAGCACCCAAGUCGUGCUGCAGAAUUGUUAGAAUACCUUUCCUUAAUUCGGUAUGCAGCUAAAUAUCACAGGGGCCUAGGCUGGUGUGUUUACGAUGUCAAGUUUCGCAAAAAGGCUGCUGCUAAAAAGUUUAUUAAGUGGUCGACCAUAGACAGCCAACAAAGGCUUAAAACGUUUACUGUUGCCCCUUCACUUAUGAGGUUUUUUUCCAGUCAGGACCUUCAUCCAUGCCAAGUACAGUUAGAGGGAACGAAUAUCCUACUUGCCACAACUUUCACAAGGGUUUCUCAUGUGCCAGGACUCCCUGCCCCCAUGCACACAGGUGCAACAAGCCAGGUUGUGGGGGGAUCACCCCGGGAUCAGGUGCCCUUUUACCCCUAA